AUGGGUGAACUUGUUUCACUGUUGAACAUUCUUUUGACAGACAAAGUCAGCAUUGAUGAUGAGUACCUCAACCACUUGUCAUCGAAAAUUGAAUCAUCAUGGAAGGAAUUGGCCAAACACCUAGGAUUUGAAGAAGUGGAAAUUGCAGACAUCCAAACCACCAACGAAGGCAGCACUGUAGAGAGCCGCCACAUGCUACUCACUUGGUGGGAAAAGACGACAGAUCGCGACGAAGCUGCUCAGACGCUGAGACGAGCAUUGGAGGCCAUCGGGUUGACUGAUUUGGCUCAAAAUGUACUGGUGACGAGCAAAUCGAGAGACGAAGCAGCUGGACCCGAGCCAGAAAGGCGUCAAGAUGCAGGAGUUGACAAGGAGAGCAAACAAAACGGGGCGGCAUCAACCAAGGAAGAGAAACUGAAAAAGGAACAUGUUUGUGAUCAAGACAAACCUCGGAUUAUCUGUUUCAGACAUGUGCAAGUCUUCAUCAGAAGUCACAUCCGUCAUAAACCAACGACGCUUUGUCUCCAAAUAGAUCCAGAGUCAUCUGUCUUGGCCUUAAAACAAAUAAUACAGGAGAAAAUCAGUGUCCAGCCUGAACAACAGCGACUGUUCAUCCAAAGAAACCUUCGUAAUUUUGAGCUCUGUAACUUGCUGACACUUCACGACUGUGAAAUUCAUCAGGACGAGAACAUCUCACUCCGUCUGUGUACUAUAAUGGCCUACUGGGCGGUGGACCAAAAGACAAACGCUCUGGUGAUGAUCAAUUCUUCCGGGACUUGGCUUCGAAAAUUCAAUCAUCCUGGGAAGAAUUGGCAAAAUCGCUUGGAUUUGCAGAAGCAGAAAUCAGGCAAAUCCAAACCACCUUCCAGGGAAACAAAGAAAGGAGCCUAAAGAUGCUGCUUUCUUGGUGGAGAAAACAAACAAAUCGCGAGGAAGGAUUUCAGAGUUUGAAAGUUUCGUUAAAUACAAUUGGGCAUGCUGAGCUUAUCUCAGUAAUACCAUCAGAAGAGCGACAGAGGAUAAAACAAG